UAGAUAUUCUUUCGUUUAGAAGCAAAGUAUUUAUCAUAUUAUUUUGCUAUUUGACCGAGAAAGCAUUACAUAGCGUAACCAAUAUAAUUUGGACUCCCAUGUAUUUUAGAUCCUCUGGGUCCUAUCAACAAGCUUUUCACAGCUUUCAUGAAAAGAUGACAACAUUUUUUAGAAUCGUUCGCAAGAUUUCACUGCUAUUCAUGGAAAACCAUCAUUUCCUCACAGAAAGUAUAAUUAUUUUUCUUGAAAUUGAAUUUAGUCAACAUCGUCAUCCGCGCGAGUGUCGUAAAAUUUUUACAAUAAGAGAAUGUGGUACUGUGGGAUUUUUCAGAUGUAUACAAAAACGGUCCCGUAUAGACCCGUUUAGCAUGACAUCACUGCCCUUCUGGUAUGGAAACCCCUGCAAAGUGCCUUGGUAAGUGUAACACUACCACCAUCUUAAAAUCUCACUUUUACAAUAUCAACAUCUGAGUUUUGAUUGGAUCAUGAGAUACGGAAAUUCACAGCGCCCUUCUCGGUGAGCUUUGUGGAAUAACAUUGCGAAUGAUGAGACGCGAAACCUGGCAAUGAUUUUCACCAUCAUCACUCAAUUUGAAUUUAGGCAUCGAAAGCUUUCGCAUAGGAUAUCGCGCUCUUCCGCUCUCCGGUUUGAUGGCGCGUGCGUGACGCGCCCCGAUUUCAUUGAAAGAGGACUCGCUCACACACGUGCUCUUAUGGGGAUGGAUGCUGGAUGCUGUGUGCUGUGAUGUCCUUUCGUUCGGUCGCGCGCUGGGUCCAUGAAUGGAUGGAUGGUGGCUGUGUUUUUUUUUUCUACAAUGAAAGCUUGUGACAGGGGAGUCUGGAGAGAUUUCCGAAAGCUGCUCUCAAUUUAGGAGAUUUUCGUUCUGGAACUGACGGACUGCUGGGUUGUUACUGCCGAGAGUGGAGCAGCUUCGAUUAGUCCCGGACGAGACUUGGUUCAGAUCUACUGUGCCAAAACCUGUGCAGCGCGGUGCGAGUGCGUUUUUUUGGGGACUUCCCUGCACGCCCUACCAGGGGCCACCCCGAUAACCACACCGGUGUGCUUGGUGCCGUCGCGUCUCAUCCCGUGUUCCUCCCCAGAGCAGAUGCGUGCAGAAAUCGUGACAAGAAGAUGUAGUGCUGGGUACCUUGUGCUGCAGCUCUAGGAAAGCAUUGCGUUACGUACAUAACUAUAUGCGAAAUUGGAUUGGAAGUGGAUUCCUGGAUGGUCCAUUCGUAGUAAGUGGGAUUUACGUUCAAGUGGAAGGAUACGUGAAGCACCUAGAAAAGCAAACACACAGUGAAAUUGUAAUGGAUUUCUGGCUGGGUUGACUUGUGAAAAUCUGUUGGAGCUAGAGUGAGGGUGGGACCCACAUUACGGUGGUACAUCACUCGGUGAAUUAAGGAAGAAGAAAACUCAGAGUGACGGUAAAGACCAACGAGAUAUAUCUUGGUGAAUGUUUAAUGUAGUGGAACAAAGUUGGCUCGUUUCUAGCUUUUUUUCCGGAAAAUGUCUAGCAGUAAAAGCCAAAGUGAAUGUGUGUAGAAGAGAUUUUAACGAAAUCGUGGUCUCAUCCUUCUGUGAGACUCGUCCGUCACGGUAGGACGUCGGAGGUGUGCAGUGGGGAUAUUCUGGUGGAAAAUAACAGUGAGAGUGAACAGAGGGUAAAUUUGCUCAAAGUUUAUGCUGAAAGAAGAAGCUGUAGAUAAAACCCAAAGUGUGUGAAUUAUUUGCACACACUGCCCUUAAUUACCAGAAAAGAUGCCGAACCACAAGUGAGAAACUAUCAGAGUAUUCAACAAAAGGAUUCCGGAAAUGAAUCGCCUGAGAUUAAAGAACCGAAAUCCUCGUCUGCUCCAGUCCGGAUAAUGAGUCAGUGUCGCAAGCAAACGGAAGCAUCACAUCGGGGGGCAGUAAAACAGUUCCACGCGAGGCAUUUAAAACCGUUUCCGGCAAACAGCUUAAGUUCUCUGGUAGAAGUAGACUAGGCACCGUAGAGAUACUCAACUAUUAAAAAAGCCCAGAGCCUCGUAAAACUGCAGCAGCAGUAAAGUGUUUUACCAUCAGGAUACAGAUCGAAAUGAAUGCAAUCAAAAGCGUUGGAGCACGUGGAAAUGUCACUACGAUGAAUCGCAGUUAGUAUUAUUUGUAUGGCAGCGGACAAAAACUAGGUUAUGUUGUUCAUAGAAAAAACCCAUAUGACUAGUAACGAGUGUUUCAACGAUUCGCAGCAGAAGAAUGGCAAAAAUUGAAAUACUGAGUGGUUGUGAGCGAAAAAUUUCAACUGCUAUCAAUCAACUGAAUAUUGGAUGGUGAUAGGAACGCAUUUUUUUUAUUCUGAAAACGGUUAUGGUUUUUUUGAUCUCCGCAUUCUGCGUCAUGUUAUUUCCAUUGAAAACUAGGGGUGGGUAAUGUCUGAGACAUAACCGCAUUGUUGACGUAGGACAAAGGCUGGCAUGAGGUUCCGACUUUUAUAUAUUGAAAUGGGCCCUUUAAUUUGAAGUCUUAAAUCAGCUGAUUUUUCGUGUCAUUGUUGUCCGACCUUCGUAAAUAAAUGCAUAACGAAUUUAUCACAUAACGUCGGUUUCCUGCAAUAGGGGCACAACUCAAAAUAUGUCAUUUUUGAGAUUUUGAUGGCAAAUGAUGAAAAACUAUGUAAAAUUUCAUCUCACAAAGACCCGUCCCAAAAUUCGAUGAGAAACGCGAGAUUUGGGCAUUUUCACCAAUUUUCCGCAGUAAGGGCACAAAUCAAAAUCAGUCAAUUUUUUCAAUAGUCGUUGAAAAAUAGUUGUCAAAAAUUCAUGAAACAGAUAGUCCUUCAACCCUUUUUCAAUGAUACAACAAUCAAAAUUUGUUGACUUUUGUCAAAUGAUGAGAGAAAUAAGUGAAUUUGCAGGAGGUGCUUCAUGAUUGCCAAUUUUCAAACGCUUAUUCUGAAAAUUCACAUUUUUUGAGUUGUGCCCCUAUUGCAGGAAACCGACGAUAAAAGGCCUACACAAUGUAUGCUGGCAAAAUUCAAAUCGGCGGAGUGAUGUGUUGUUACCUAUGUGAUCCAUUUCACUCAACGCAUUCAUAAGAUGUUAAUUAGUUAAACCUUCCGUAACUCGCGCGGUUGGCCAUCACUUGAGGGUUGAGUAUUAUUUUAUUUUGAAGAUAAAUGUUCAACCGUAGUUUGAAAGAAUUUUCGUCGAAAGGAAAGAAUGAUUAUAAUAUUGAAAGGCGUUAAGCCAUAGCUUCCCAAACAUCAUAUUGCGAUCGCAACAAUCAUUAAAAUAACUAAAAUUGCCGCUAUGAAAUGAACAGAUGGAGCCACCGUAGCCAUGUGUAUUUGACACAACUCAAUUGCUGUUAACGAAAUUUUAGAUAAUUUUGAUUGCAGUUUCAUGAAAUAUUCUAGAUUCAACAAUACGUUGUAUAGUUACGCGAACAACAAUUAGAGGCCGGCUAUACUGUUGCUAAGUUUUCAGUCUGUCGCUUUUAAUUAUCCGAUUCAUAACUCUGGAGAAAUAAUUUUCACUGGUCCUGAAAAGGACCUUUUAAAUAACAGGAGAUUUCGGCAAGACAAUUGAAAAUUAUCCGCACUGAAUGCUGGAAGCCAUCGAAAACUGCCAUCGCUUACUGCCGUGGAUGAGAUUCCUGGUUCUUCUUCUUCUUCUUCUUCUUCUUGGCGUAACGUCCUCACUGGGACAAAGCCUGCUUCUCAGCUUAGUGUUCUAUGAGCACUUCCAAAGUAAUUAACUGAGAGCUUCCUCUGCCAAUGACCAUUUUGCAUGUGUAUAUCGUGUGGCAGGCACGAAGAUACUCUAUGCCCAAGGAAGUCAAGGAAAUUUCCUUUACGAAAAGAUCCUGGACCAACCGGGAAUCGAACCCGUUACCCUCAGCAUGGUCAUGCUGAAUACCCGUGCGUUUACCGCCUCGGCUAUAUGGGCCCUGUUCCAUAUAGCCUGAGAUUCCUGGUUCCAGAUUCUAGAGAUUCCUGGUUCUAUCAGCUAAAUAGCCGAGAGUCAUCGCAGGAUUGGUGCGCAGCUGCGGAGGUGACAUCCAUUCCCUUUGACUGAUUCAACGAAAAUGACGGAAGAAAACAGAGGUCACUGCUUUUAUUCCCCUUGAUUAGUAGAUUAGGCUCCUCCCAUUUGGCUGGCUUUCCAGUUUAUUUCGUUUGCAUGACCCGCCCCGAAUGCUCCAGACGCAUCAAGCAACUAACCAACCGAGAAAUGAGCAAACCACCAGCGGGUAACCAAACGAUCAACUUUUAAGCGCAAACCGACAUUCGGUUCUUCAGAUUUGUGCUCUAGAAAAUUCUAGGUGUGGCUUCGUCAUAUAUUCACCUUCGAACAUUUUCGAAAAAUGUUUAAACUUAAUUUUAAUUAAACAAUGUUUCACGCAAAAUAGUUCGGAUAGAAUAAUGCGUUGUUAAAUUCCGGGUGGAACCAUUAGGCCAUUAGUGACCGGUUUCAUCAUUAUUGCUGGGCCACCAAGUAUUCAAUCUUUCACUUCUCAAUUGCACCACACUUUUCUCGUUCGAUGGAAUGAAAUUAGCUGAUUCACAAACUCUUAAGGAAUAAUUAACGGUGGUCCUGAACAAGACCGUUUGAUUAAUUGACGAUUUUAGGAACGAAAUGGCAUGAAUUCACCAUGUCACGCAAUGCGUGUUGGUUUUCUCCGUGCUGAAUGAUAAACGCCACCGAAAACUGGACCGCCGUGGAUUACAAUAAUGACCAGUUUCACUAUUGCUGGCAACGAUGCUCUGUCUUUUGCUUUUUGGUUGCACUACAUCUCGAUCGAUGUUGGAAAUUAUCCAAUUAACUCUUGAGGAAUCAUUUUCGAUGGUCCUGAAAAGGACCGGUUUGAAUAAUGGACGAUUUUGAUGCAUUCACCAUGGCAUGCAAUGCAUGUUGGUUUUCGCUGCGGAGUGCGGAGAAUGCUGGACGCCGUCGAAAAUUGGCCCACCGCCGCUGCCAUGGAUGCGAUUCCAAGUGCUAUCAUCAGCACGAUAUCCGAGAGUAGUCGCUGGGUUGUUGUGCUGCUGCCUUGCUGGAGGUGACAUCCACCUCCAACCUCCUUGACUGAUCCAACGAAAAUGACGAAAGAAAACAGAGAACACUGCUUUUAUACCCCUAGAUUGGCAGAUGAAGCUCCUCCCAUUCGGCUGGCUUUUCAGUUAAUUUCGUUUGCAUGACCCGCCCCUUAUGCUCCAGACGCAUCAAACGAUUAAUCAACCGAGAAAUGAGAAAAUUUCCAUUGAACGAAUAAUGUAACCAAAAUAUUAGAUGAUUUGGAAAAUGUUAGAAUUGAAACAUUUUUCACGCAAAAUGGUCCGGAUAUGAUAAUGCGUUGCCAAAGUCCGGGUGGAACAAUUAGACGUCAUAAUUGUUGCUGGCUGAGUCACCAAGCAUUCAAAAUCAUUCACUUUUCGGUUGUACUACACUUUUCCCGUUCGUUGGAAUGGAAUUAUCCGAUUCACAGCUCUUGAAAAAUCAUUUUCGAUGGUCCUUAAAUUAGGAGGAAAAUUAAAUGAAUUCACUAUGCCACUAUGCGUGUUUGUUUUCUCCGCACUAAAUGCUGAACGCCACCGAAAACUGGCCCGCCGCUUGCUGCCGUGCAUGCGAUUAAUGACCGGCUUUGCUUUUGCUGAGAAACGCCGCUCUGUCCUUGCUUUGCACUAGGUUCACCUUUCUCGAUCGAGGGUGGAAAUUCAUCCAAUUAACUCUUGAGAAAUCUUUUUCGAUAGUCCUGAAAAGAACCGUUUGAAUAAUGGACGAUUUUGAUGAAUUUACAAUGCCACGCAAUUCGUGUUGAUUUUCUCCGCGCUCAACGCUAGACGCAAUCGAAAACUGGCCCGCCGCUUGCUGUUGUGAAUGAGAUUCCUGGUGCUAUCAGUACGAUAGCCAAGUGUCGUCGCUGAGUCGAUGUGCCGCUGCCCAGCUCGAGGUGUCACCUCGACGGUGGUCGAAAUGGAACUGACGAUCAGCUCUCGCAUGAUCGCAUUCCUUCCUGCAUCGUAGUUGCCCCCACGAUGCGCACCAAUCAGAGAGCGUUGGUAUACUGAACGAGAAAAUUUGUCCGCUACCCAUAUUUAUAGAUUUCAGCGAUUUCAAUGUCUAACUUUAAAACAACUUUUCAACUAUUUAUCAAUGAUUUUUAGGUUCACCGAAUAUUACAAAUUGAACGCGGGAGUUUCAUCUCUCGGAUAACGGGAUUUGUUUAUCAUUUCGUUCAGUGGGAAAGGUACUGUGAGCGUUUAAAAUCUUUCACUCAAACGUAACGCUCUUGGUUUCAUAAAUUUUGAAAUGACACCGGGUAUAGAAAACAGAGACGUAGUCCUACGUCAAAAACCUCCAUUGAGUGUAAUUUAAUCUGUAAAUGAUGGUGUACCCAGGUAUUGAACUUUCCCCGGUAAAGUUGCGGUGAUUGCAUAAAUUAUGAUCCAAUGCAAUUUUAAUGAGUACCGAGAAGAGGAAAACUCGAUUUUCAUUCGAUGAGUGGAAAAGAACUAUCGUCGCCAGAGAAUUGAAAACUGACAUCGGUUUGCAGAUUAGAAUUGGAUACCGGCGUUGUAUCAACGGACGACCCUAGGACAUAGGCAGUGCACUGGGAAGUUGUACGAUGCAUCCAGAUCCACUGGCCACCGGAUGGCGUAAUAGUUGGAAUCCAAACGGUGGUGGUGAACUCGUGAUGACAUUGACCGGUGGUGGUUGGAGAAUUACGGGAGAUAAAUAAUUUAUAGCCGAAUGCGAGUUGAUGGACAGUGACGGACGAGAAUAUUUCUGUUGACCGGAAGCUGGCGAUAAUCGCGUGCGCGCGCGCUACCAAUAACAGAUUGGAACAAAAACUGCCAACGACAGCUGAAAAUGACCAAGCCAAAUUUCAUUUUGGUCGCAGUCGGAAGUGAAGUGACAUCCGCCGUCGUCGUGUGAACCGUUGUGAGUGUGAAUGUGCGUCGCUUAGAGGCCGCAUCAGAGAGGCUUCGGCUUGGAACGGUGGUGUGGUGGUCUGACUGUAUCUGCUAUCCGGAUCGGAAUUGGAGAUUCAUUGACAGUGGGGCAUAAUGGGUAGAGUACAGCCAAAAUGGAUCCACAACCACAGGGAGCAGUCACGUACGAUUGUUAUAUGAUAAGAACGCCGCUCCAGUCAGCGUUCACCGACGAACCGACCGACACCACCGGAAGCAGUAGUUUGCGUCCCACCAAUCGGCGAUGGCCUACUACGACACGAGGACGACGGUGGACAGUUUGCUGCUGUCCCGGUACAGCACCGUCACGAGCAUUCCGGGUAGCACCGGAACGAUGGCCUCUGUUGAGGACCUGUUCUUCAAUUUCACCCCGACAGCGACGGCUUCGACAUCGCUGGCGACGGCACUCGGCGGCAGUACAACCGGGAGCCCCGGAGGCAAUGAAACCGAAUCCAUCGCGGAAAUCGAACCCACCUACUCGCUGGUGCAGAUCAUCAUCCUCGGCAUCAUCGCCACGGUGCUUAGUAUACUGACGGUGGCCGGCAACGUGAUGGUGAUGAUCUCGUUCAAGAUCGACAAACAGCUACAAACAAUCAGCAACUAUUUUUUAUUCUCGCUUGCCAUUGCGGACUUUGCGAUCGGACUGAUCUCGAUGCCACUGUUCUCGGUAACGACCCUACUGGGCUACUGGCCCCUGGGUCCCCACAUAUGUGACACGUGGCUAGCGUUGGACUACCUGGCGUCGAAUGCGUCCGUGCUGAAUCUGCUCAUCAUUAGCUUUGAUAGGUACUUUAGCGUAACUAGGCCUCUAACAUAUCGAGCGAAGCGUACAACGACCCGGGCUGCGAUCAUGAUCGGGGCCGCCUGGGGCAUCAGUUUACUGCUGUGGCCUCCGUGGAUCUACAGCUGGCCCUACAUCGAGGGCAAGCGGACCGUACCGGAGAAGGAGUGCUACAUCCAGUUCAUCGAGACCAAUCAUUACAUUACGUUUGGGACGGCCAUCGCCGCUUUCUACGUACCGGUGACGGUUAUGUGCUUCCUCUACUAUCGGAUAUGGCGGGAAACGAAAAAGCGACAAAAGGACCUGAAGAACCUGACCGGGGACCGGAAGAAGGAUUCCUCCAAGCGGUCCAACUCGAGUGAUGAGAAUACGGCGGUCAAUCACUCGGGUGCGAUAGCGCAACUGACCAACGCCGAACCGGACGGCUGGCGGAGGCCCCGGAGUGAGUCGUCCGCAGAUGCGGAGAGUGUCUACAUGACCAACGCGGUCAUUUCGGACUCGGGCUACGGGCACGGGAUGCUCUCGCGACGAUCUAGUAUAACCACCAACGGCCUACCGAAAAAGCCGACCACGUUCUUCGGCGGCAUCAAGGAGUGGUGUAUCGCGUGGUGGCACUCGGGCCGGGAGGAUUCCGACGACUACGGGUACGACGCCGAGGAGCCUUCGGAUCUAGGGUAUGCAACACCUGUAUCCAUAGAAACUCCCUUACCAAGCUCAGUUACCAGAUGUACAUCGUUGAACGUCAUCCGCGAUCCCUACGGGACCACGGGCCGGGGCAACGUGGUCAGCAUGAUACCGGACAUUUCACCGACGCCGAUGCGACCAACGUUGCCCCCGAUGGCCCACCUACAGGACAUGCACGGACCAAGAGAUUCACGCUCACUACCGAACAGCAACCGGCUGGGUUCUCGCUCGGUUAGCCAGGACUCUGUAUAUACGAUACUGAUACGCUUGCCGCCGGAGGGUGGAUCCGGUGACGAGCGGGCACCUUCGAUCAAGAUGAUCCAGGACGACGUGCCAAUGUCGAUGACGGUUCCACCGAGGCGGCCGCUACCCUCCCGGGACUCGGACUACAUCAUCCCGGUGGGGCGGAGACAAUCUACUGCCACGACGGACAUCCGACUGCCGUUGACGACCAAAAUCAUUCCGAAGCCGCUGUCCAAGCAGCAGCAGAUCCACCAAGCGAACAUGCUCCAAACGGCACGGCAGGUGAAAAAGAAGAAGAAAUCUCAGGAGAAGCGCCAGGAGACGAAGGCUGCCAAAACGCUGUCGGCCAUUCUGUUGAGUUUCAUCAUCACGUGGACUCCGUACAACAUCCUGGUGCUGCUGAAACCGCUAACGGCCUGCACCAGGUGUAUACCGCAGGAAUUGUGGGACUUUUUCUACGCCCUGUGCUACAUCAACUCGACCAUCAAUCCGGUGUGCUACGCGCUAUGCAACGCUUCGUUUCGGCGGACGUACGUGCGGAUACUGACGUGCAAGUGGCACACCCGGAAUCGAGAGGCCAUGACCAGGGGGGUUUACAAUUAGGCUUAAGUAGCGAAGAAGGGGGAGGGUUUUUUGUAAUCCUAGGUUUGCCAAUGAAUUGAAAAAUGGUUUGUUCUUUCGGUGUCAUCUAAGAGGGAGCGCCAGGUGGAUGAAUCAGAUGAUGCUGAAAAGCAGCUGGUAGUAGAGGAGUUUGCUUGCUCGUAUAAGGAUGAAUCUCAUAUAUGGGAUAAUCAGUUCAAUCCAUCAAUUAUUCGGUGGCCCUGCACGUCAAUGGAUAUUUGAAAAUUCCCCAUUCAACCCCACUGCGGGAAGUUCCGUUCAAGCGAUAGUGAUACCCUCAUAUCCAUUCACUAAUUGUUCACGGAUUACCGACUCAUUCUUCUUCACACUGUACUGGUGGCACGCACGUUGCGCGCAAAAUAGAACCCGUUGCUGAAAGCCAACUGUCGAUGAUUGAUACAUAUUGAAUGGAAAAUAUGAAUGGCACUCGGUGAGCCAAUUUGAUCCAUCGUCGGUGCAAUUCUCACACUGCACUGCUGACAGCGCGACGCUAAUUGACACGUCAAAAUGGCAGCCUUUCGAAGCAUCAUCAACCACGUACGUUGGCUGUUGAGUGAUUGCGUGUAAAUUGUGGCAAACCUAACAUGUGCAUGUGGAACGGACCUAAAAUUCAAGCACCACAAACUAGAGAUCCUUACAUUGGGAGUCAGCCAGUCAAGGGACUCAUUAAUCCUAAUUAACGGGAUGGAUUUGACCCCGACCGAGUUUGCGCGGAGUGUCCUUCCCUUUCCGUGUAAUGCCAUUAUUUUUCGAAAGAAAUGGGCGCUCUUUUGUCGUAUUCCAGCAUCAUAGUUUAACGUGGAGGAUUGGAUAGCCAGUCUUAAACGAUAGAAUCACUUCUCUUCAUUUGCUAGCGAAUGGCAGAAAAGGAUACUUUGUGUCUACAAAGCUGACACUGCAUAUUUCAAGCACGUUACCAACAUUGUCUGGGACAUAAUUUCUUCUUCUUUUCCAUGGUGUAAUGUUCUCACUGCGACAAAGCCUGUUUCCCAGCAAAUUUUCGAGAGCCACCCACCCAUACUUUGGGUACUUUUCAGCCAAAAUUUAUAUUAUAAAAAAACCCGAUAGAACAUUUCGGCCUUAGCUCGAAAUGAAGGAACAGACUCCUAGCUUUCGUUUGCUAGGCGACUUAGCGAUACUGAUUGUUUUCGAAUAGUAUUCUUCUUCCGACACCGUGGCACAGUGGUGCGAGGGCGGUCGAAACCUAAGAAAUGAAAAUGCUUUUCACGUAGAUAUUUCAACUGUAGAAAUCCAAAAUUUCAGAUCGAUUCAUUGAAAUUUGAAUUUUUGAUAGCUUCCUGAACGGACUGUGGUUUAUGGCCUUAAUACAAAAUCUAUAAUGUUUAUUCACAGCUAUGCCAGUGUUCCGUGCUUUAAUAAACGCAUGAACUAUAAUAGUUGCUUUGAAGGCUUUGUUCGUAGAUAUGUGAAGAUCAUCUGUAUGGCAUUUAAGUUGUGAAAAAGCUGCCUAAAAAUGAGUUAUCCUUCGAUAUUCUUGAAAAUUACCCAUUUUUGAGUCAAAAUUGAUCUAAAACUAUAGUAGGACGUGCGCGCCCACGAUGUGGUUGUGCGAUUUUGUAAGCCUAAGACCAGUGCUUUCGAUUGGUGUAUGAUUUAUUUUGCGAAAACUUGCGAUAGAUUUCAUGAUUUUCAUAUGUUUUUUAGGGUUUUGGGUAAGAGGUUUUGGCUGGCUUUUGCUCAGCAACGCACCACUGUGCGUGGUCGUAUCGUUAAUGUGUAAGUACCGUAUUGAAGAUUCCAUUCUUAACUUACGUAAUAUCAGCGCUGGAUGUGUUCUUAUAACUGCAACUGGAUAAAAUAAGCAAAUUAGCGAUGACGUGUUACUCGUUUUAAUGAAAGUCGUUGAGUUCUCUUCGUUCCACCGAGCAAACACUAGCAGUUUGUUUGUUUUAUUUGGAAAAGUAUUGUUUUAGAAAAUCACAUUGAUAAGCGAUAAUGUAUAGGAUGUUACAACAUAUUUUUAAAGCGAUGGCAUUUUAAUCGAAACCUUAGAAGUUUUUUCAAUAGAUUACUUCCUCUAUGGAGCCACCAUCACUUUACUUCACAGACAGAAAUGUUGUCUGAUCAAUAAAGUUCUUCGUUCGCUACAAAUGGCGUAAAUGGUGGAAGCCUCCGGGAAGUGUAGAAACCUCAGCCCUCGAUACUAACGAGAUUCGUUAUCAGUGGAUGAAAGGCCUCAUUUGAUUGCCUAAUUGGUUACAUUAUGUUGUGUAAAGACACAUUUCUAUUCUUCUUUAGGACCUCUCUCACUUCAAAUGCAAUAAAUUAUCGAUAUCUACAGGGUUUUCACUGAAUCACAAUGUUAAAACUGAACGACGAAUAGGAAUCGUGUGGUAUUCGCAAACAGACCGCCAAUCUUGCUACCAUAAGCUCUAGACGUUUUCCACCAACAACAACUUGCUGCUACCCAACUGGAUCGUUCAGUUACGCUAGUCCUAGAGCGAAAAAUUUUGUCCACACACUAACCCAGGAUUCAUAUCAGCGUACUCUGCACUUGAGGACCACAGUUGUUGAGGAAAUUGUUCACUUUUCAUCACACCCAGUUUGUCGCUAACGCCGAAAUAGAUGUUGGAAGGCUUGUCUGUAUCCCUGGAACAUCUCUAAUUGUCGGCCUCAUGUUGGUGCUGUAUCCAUUGAGCUCAUCGGAAGUCUCGUGUUAUUCAAAGGAAUACCGAAUGUUGGAAUAGUAGGACAUGCGAUUACUACGUAUGAUUGUGUCACUCCAUACCCUGACAUAACAGGUAUCGAGAUGACUAAAGCUCUAGAUGUUGCUUCUAACUGACGGUAGUGAUCGACUUCAAAUAAUCCGCUUAACUGCUCAGAUUCCAUUAGUAUUUGUGGUAUUAAGGGAUCUAUACUUUUUUUUCCUCCCCUGUUAGGGAAAUUAGCCCACUGCGUCCAAUAAGUUAAACUUUUGUGGUUUUGAUAUUCGCAUCUAGCAAAGGUUUUGAAGGAUUUUAUUAAAUCUUCUUACAUUAAAGAGCAUCACCUUUCUGACUUCCAGUUUGCUUAUCAAUCUGAUAAGUCAACGGUUACGGCACUUCAUUCGCUAGUAACAAAGGUGGAGAAAAAGUUUUAAGCAAUAGAACUAGCUAUAUGCGCCUUUUUAAAUAUAGCAGAAGAAUUCAAUAAUGCCUCCUAUUCUAUACUUGAGCUAUACUUGAAGAGAGUAUCUCUAAAUUACUUGAGAGUAAUUGUAAUAAAAUGGCUGAACUAAGCUAAGCUGGGUGAACACUGACUAGGGGAACGCUUCGCCUUCCUUGAACAUUUCGCUAAAGAAAUGUGUUCGGCCUGCACAUUUUUAGUAAACAUCCAUGCCGCACAUGGCAUGUGUUACAUACACACAUUUUUUAAAUCAGCUUGUGUACUCACAUGAGCAUGUAG